AUAACGCAACUGAUCUUGUGUAUACUGAAUUGAAAGAAGAUUUUGAUCAUUACGUAUCGUCAUUUUUAGAGUAUAGAUAUACGACAAAGUAUUCAGAUAUUCCAAUAAUUGGUGACAAGAUAUUUGAACGAUAUUUCCCCGACGGUACUUUGAAAGAUCCAUUGAAUGCUGUCAAAAUGAUUUCUGGCGGUUUAUUUUUACAUGGUAUCUUGAAAAUGGCAAUCGAGUUAUCACGACCGGUGUACUAUUACAUUUACGACCAUUUGAACUAUGUAUCGUUUAAUUCGGUAUAUGGACCAUAUCCAUUUCCAAAAAAAUUAGGGGUAACGCACGCUGACGAAGUAACCAGUUUGUUUUAUACAACUGAACGUGGCGACCUACAGGGAGAGGACCUCAGUGUAUCAAAUCUUAUGGUGGACAUAUGGACAAAUUUCGUAUCCACCGACUCAAUCACAAUUGAUGGUACCAAAAAGGGAAAAAAAUGGCCGAAAUUUAAUACAAAAAAAUAUGAAUUUGUUUUGAUUAAUACAAGUAUUCCUUUAAUUAAAGAGAAGCCGUAUGUUGAUGAGUACGAAUUUUGGAAUAGUUUGCCACUGUUGUCAGGAUUGAAUGAAGCCCGAGCGCCAUAUAAAACUGAACUUUGAUUAUUUAUUUGUAAUUGAAAUAUUAACAAAGUUAACUGAUAUUUAUAAUGUUGAACUUAAAUACUUUAAUUAUGUUUAAACCAGUAGUUAUAGGUAUAUAACAAAUAACAAUAUAUUAUUUGAAUAUUAUAUAGACUUAGUAGACGAAAUUCUUACGCAAUCUAAUAAAGAAAAAAAAUAUGUGUGCCAUACAACUCUAUACUUUUUCUAAUAUUAAGAAUAUAAGUACGAGGUCUGUAACUAUUUAUUAUUGUAACAAUUAAAUUGUAAUCAAGUACUAAGUGUCUAAGUAUAAUAUAUUAUAUAAAUAAUCUUAAAUACCUACAUAAUAAUAAUUUAUGUAGAUAGUAGUUAAUUUGAUUUAUAUUUAUUUUUAAUUAUAACAUAAUAUUAUAGUAGCCGAUUAGUAUAAUAAAUGAGCCUAUACUAUAGGCCCUAUAGUAGUAUAAUUCUAUAGUUUGGAUAAUAUAGCAGAGUAUAGUAAAA